CACCAACUCUCUUCCCCAACAAACAAUCACCAUCUCCCAUCGGACCUUCAUCUCGUCAGUUCCUGCAUACAAUGUCCAUCCAAAAAAUUCACGCUCGUCAGAUCUUCGACUCGCGUGGUAACCCAACCGUUGAGGUUGACCUUUUCACCGCGAAAGGUUUGUUCAGGGCAUCUGUUCCCUCUGGCGCGUCAACGGGUGCGCAUGAGGCCGUUGAGCUGCGUGAUGGCGACAAGGCCAACUACGUCGGGAAGGGUGUUUCAAAGGCGAUCGCAAACGUGAACGAUAUCAUCGCACCCGCACUGAUCAAGGAGGGUUUGAACGUGACGCAGCAACAGGAAAUUGACAACUUCCUCAUCAAGCUCGAUGGCACUCCGAACAAGGGCAAGCUCGGUGCGAAUGCGAUCCUCGGAGUCUCCACCGCCGUAGCAUACGCUGCAGCCGCGGAGAAGGGUGUUCAAUUGUACGAACACCUUGCAGAGCUCGCAGGAGUUAAACCACCAUUUGUGCUUCCAACCCCAGCGUUUAACGUUAUCAAUGGUGGAUCGCAUGCAGGGAACAAGCUUGCGUUCCAAGAGUUUAUGCUGCUUCCUACCGGCGCUACUUCCUUCGCCGAGGCGAUGAAGAUUGGUACAGAGACAUACCACACGCUUAAGAAAGUUAUCAGCGCUAAGUACGGUAUCGAUGCCGUGAAUGUCGGAGACGAGGGUGGAUUCGCUCCCAACGUGGGUGGUGCUGAGGAGUCCCUUGAGCUUCUCGUGGACGCUAUCAAGAAGGCUGGUUAUGAGGGCAAGAUUAAGAUCGCCCUCGAUGUUGCCUCGUCCGAGUUCUACAAAGAGGGCAAGUACGACCUCGACUUCAAGAACCCUAACUCGGAUCCUACGAAGUGGAUCUCCGGAACGGAGCUCGCUGAUUUGUACAUCGGAUACGUGAAGAAGUACCCGAUCGUAUCGAUUGAGGACCCAUUUGACCAAGACGACUGGGAUGCGUGGUCCCACUUCACCAAGAAUGCUGCCAUUCAGAUCGUAGGUGACGACUUGACGGUAACCAACCCACUCCGUAUCAAGACGGCUAUUGAGAAGAAGGCCUGUAAUGGUCUUCUCCUUAAGAUCAACCAAAUCGGUACCAUUUCAGAGUCCAUCCAAGCUGCUCAGCUCGCUCAGUCCGAUGGUUGGGGAGUGAUGGUCUCGCACCGCAGCGGUGAGACCGAGAACACCGUCAUUGCUGACCUCGUCGUCGCACUUGGCGUUGGCCAAAUCAAGACCGGCGCACCCGCCCGUUCUGAACGUGUGGCGAAGUACAACCAGUUGCUCCGCAUCGAGGAGCAGCUUGCCGACAACUCGUCGUACGCGGCUGAGAGGGGCUUCUCCGCUGGCCUUACCCCUCCUGCCCUACUCAAGAAGUAAAAGGCACGAGCACUGGGCUUGUACAAAAGGAUCUGUCCUGGACUCAUCUCUUUUUGGUAUUGAUCUGUGAAAAACGGCGUAGGUAAAGUGCAGAAAUUUAUAGACUGGUGCUUAAAAAUACAGCUAUGUACCAAUUCUCUUGUACAAAAAAUGCAAUGUGUAACUUGUGUGCAUUACGACUUAGGAGAAAUGCCUUCGCCAUUGUCACGGUAGUGGAUAGUAUUGAGUCGACACUACACAAAUCUAGUAGCCUUAUCUAAUCUGACAUUCUUGCCCUCAUUCAUGUGUCCCAAUUCAGACUAGCUCAGCAAACAUGAAGGGAAUUAGGGACUCAGAUAGGUCAAGACAAGUAAUAGUGUAUUAGUAUUGUACAAUACAGUUACUUCUGUAUAGUACUAAUACAUUAAGUAGUACACUAGUGUGAAUAAUCUUAGUAGCUAGUAGCUUCAGCUCCC